AUGGGACGGGAAGGCGUGGGACAUGAUGAGAGGGGACGAGAUAGAACGAGACGGAAUGAGUGGGACUUGAUGAGACGAGCGCUGGCGGUUCCCGGGCAGAGGCUCCCGGAAGGCGGCGGCCGCCUGCCCCCGGAGGACCCUCCGGCGCGCCGGAGCUUCGACGGCCCUCGCGACGUCUCCCUCCUCCUCUACACGCGGGACAACCCUUUGGAACCAGAAUACGUCACUCUCAAUGAUUCUUCAGCUCCAAGUUUCGAUGCGAGAAAUCCUACACGUGUUAUAAUUCACGGCUGGUUAUCCGGUGCCCAAAAUCUCCAAGAUUACAGAGAAGCGUACUUGGCCACCGGGGAGGCGUACAACGUGGUCCUAGUGGACUGGUCGGGCCCGGCCAGCGCCGACCUGGAGGCGGCCGCGCGCAGCUCCGUGCUGGUGGGCGACUACGUGGGGCGCGUGCUCAACCGCCUGGUGCAGGCGCGCGGCCUCAGUCCGGACGACCUCGUCAUCGUGGGCCACAGCACGGGCGGCCAGAUGGCCGGCGUCGUCGGCAACCGCGUGGGCGGCGGCGCGCCCGCCGAAGUCGUAGCCCUAGACCCUUCCAACGGCCUGUACGACGCCAAUCCUUUGGAGGACCAGCUGGACAUUUCCGACGCCCAGUUCGUCCAGGUGAUUCACACGAACGGAGGGGGCGCGGGGCUGCUCGAGAGCAAAGGCCACGCCGACUUCUUCCCGAACGGCGGUUCGCUUCAGUCUGGCUGCGGGGCGCGGACGGAUGUAGACGGAUGCAGCCAUAACCGUGCACCUACGUAUUACAUCGAAUCCAUAAUUUCAAAAGACUUCGUUGCAACGCGCUGCUCCAGUUACGAAGAUUAUUCCCAAGGGAAAUGCAGCUCCAAUGAACACGCUGUCAUGGGAGAAUGGACACCACGUGGUAUAUCUGGAACUUACUAUCUGAACACCAACACGAAAUCUCCGUUCGCUCAAGGCCAGACAGGUCUAUAAGUAAGAAAGUUUUCCUGUGUACUCACGGUGAAUACAAUGAUUAUGUUAAUAGGCGUGCGUUGACUGAUGCCGUGGGCCCCCUGAAUGUCUUCAAAGGGACACCGUUGCCAUAACUGAUUACAUAUUUAAUUUCUCUAAAUAUGUUUGUUCCUUAUUUUCCUCCUUAUUGCCUGAGGGAUUUUUCUGAAUUUUGAAUUUUUGAAUAUUAUUUUAGUCGCUUUAGAAAAGACCAAAGCUAUUAACGAUCACUAUUAUUAUUUUAUGCAUGAGUAAAAAUAUUUUGAGAUUUAUAAUAAAUAUAGAAUAAUUAAUUACAAUAACGUUUCUUAAGUAAUUCCGUAACUUAAGUAAUUUGUUACACAUUUGGGGUUCUCCAGGUCAGUGAAUCUUAUAAAUAAUUCAACAUAAAACCACUUUUAGCAGUAGUUUUAUUUAGUAGU